AUGACCGAUAAUAGCGGCAAUUCUUUCUUCUUCCCGAAUCCUCCUUCUGAGAAACGUCAAGGGCUCGACGACAAAGACGAAAACCGGCGAGAUUAUCGUGAGACGUCUUCAUCAUCUGCCUUGGAUGAUAGUCAUGACUGGUCAUUUCUGGGUGAUCCUGAUAAUUCUUUUGAACUAAUUUCGGAGAGAGAUGCGGAUUCAUCACCCUCAUUACGUUCCCUCAGAAGCGUCCGAAGCCUUGGAAGCCUCGAACUUUCACCUCCACUGGCCCUAUCAGACUGGGGCUCAGAUGAUGAAGCCAGCAGCAGCGGAAGCGAGGACUCACUGCGAAGCAGCCGUUCCGCCCCAGACCUAAGAGAACUGCAACAACUUCCACCCGUUCCAAAACUGGACUAUAGCAAGCAUGGUCCUGCUCUGGAGUGGUUUAUGUCCCAAACUUUCCUGGAUGACAGCUGGAAAACACCUCCAGAUUUCACCACUGAAGUCGUAGAUAAGCGUGCCCGAGCCCCUUUUCCGAAUUUUGCGUUUGGAGGAUCGACGAGGAAUCAUCGACAUGAUGCGUAUUACAACAUCCUGCUUCGUCGUCGAAAGAUAACAGAGCGUUACAAGGAUCGCGAGCUUCGGGAAUUGGGUAAUGCACCAGAUUGUAACUGGCGCUGGUGUGGUUUCCCCAACUGCGAAGCGUCGACAUGCCGGUACACCAUCAAGUUCGAUGACGGCUUUGGCAUUUUCGCCCAGGAGAUCCUACGCUAUAAUGACAAGGACUCCAGAAAAGAUGUAUUAAGGGCGCUCUUGUCCGACUUUGAGAGUAUAGCUAAAGAUAUGGGAGCUGGACUUCAUGAUCUUGUGGCAUUCGCAAUUUCCCCGCCGAUCCUCUGCGCCAUGGCUAGUUGUGUUCCAACGUUCUUGAACAACGACGGCAAAAGACAGGGGAUCUUCAUAUCCGCUCGGGAUAUAGAAACAGCAGAAAUCAACUUCGAGGAGACUAGAGCCUCCAUGUCAACGAAUAGUAGAGAAGAGCAAGCUCGAGUACACAAGAGAAUUUGGGCCAACGAAAGCCGCGCGAUGCCGAAGACUGCCCCUGAUUUGGUGCUUGAGUACUUCAUGCGAGCCGAAGCAUGGCGUAAACGACAAGCUGAAAGGGGCUACCCGUGGAACUGGGCGACCAUAGUUUCAGCUAGCACCUUCAAGAUUAUACUCGGCACGCUGAGACGUCAGUUCGAGCACGGUCAUCUGACUCUGAGUGAUGGGUCUCAAAAAGGGGUUGUAGAAAAGACAUGGAGGCAAUGGCUUGAGACAUAUCGACCUUGGAACGAUCGGAGUGUGGCAAUUCUGGCAGAAUUGGAAGCCGAGGGUACAGCGAAACGAGAAGAGACUGACCAGACAGAGCACACCCAUGAAGGGGUCGGCCAGGGUAAGGAUUGGUGGUGGCCUAGUCGGCCAAGAGCUGCUGGCGUUGAUUUGACGAGGAGUCACUGA